AUGGCAGACUCUGAAGAUAUGGGCAUGACUGGGGAGGAGCAGUUGGACAGUUUAGAUCAGAUGGAGGGAGGUGAAGGAGAUGUCGGUGACAAUGGAGACAUUGGAGAGUUGGAUGCGAACCAUGCUGGAGCUGGCAUGGAUGACCCUGAACUUGAAGCCAUCAAAGCUAGGGUACGGGAAAUGGAGGAGGAGGCCGAGAAGUUGAAGCAGCUUCAAUCAGAAGUUGACAAACAAAUGAACAUGGGUAGUCCGCCAGGGAUUGCCAGCCCCUUGAAUAUGUCGUUAGAAGACAAAAUGGAAGUAGAUAAUCGUUCAAUUUAUGUAGGAAAUGUAGAUUAUGGUGCAACAGCAGAAGAAUUAGAGCAGCAUUUUCAUGGUUGUGGCUCUAUAAAUAGAGUGACAAUCCUCUGCAACAAGUUUGAUGGGCAUCCCAAAGGCUUUGCAUACAUUGAAUUUGCUGAGAAGGAGUCUGUACAGACAGCUAUGGCCAUGGAUGAAUCUCUCUUCCGAGGUCGCCAAAUAAAGGUUAAUCCAAAGCGCACGAAUAGACCUGGUAUGAGUAUUACGAACAGGGGACCUAGGGGCAGGGGCUUGGGCCGUGGAGGGAGAGUCAGUAGAGGAUCUGCCUAUUUUGGGUACAGACCUAUGAGAAGACCAAGGAGUUACAGAAGGGCUUCAUUUUACCCCUACUGAUCAACACUGCCUGUGCCGCACUCAUCUUUCAGUUCGGUGUGCACAGGCUACCCUUCCCCACAAUUGUGGUUAAAAAAGGUUUAAAGAAAUUGAAAUCCUCUUUGUUACUUUUUUGUUGCUCUUCAUUGUAAUUUGAUGAUAGUAAACUUGACUAUUGCUGAGAGUGGGGUGACAACACAGAUCACAAUGAUGGGGCUUCCAUGCCUGUGAAGUUAAAUAGUGAUUAUGAGUGCUGGAUGAGAUGUGGAUGAUGGUGUAGUUGAUGAAUCGUGUGUACAAAUGAAAAUUAAUCAGUGAUUCUUAUGAUACUUUGUCUCUUAAAAUUCAUGGGAGCAUGUGCUGAAUCCCUCUGUUAGAUUGUACCUGUGCCUUUUCCUUAUAGCAUUUCAUCCAUGUUUUUAUUUGCAUUUCUAAAACAUUGAUUUUUUUUUCUUGUGGAUGGCUUGUCAGUCAAUGGGUAACAGGCAGAAAUAAUUUAUAUGCUCCCAUGUGUUGCUUAAGUUAGUAAUGCACUAGGCACACCAUAUGUUAGAAGUAUUAGUUCAUGAAAGUUUCUUAUUCAGAAUGUCUUUUGAGGGCAAAGCUGCAAUCUUCACAAGACAUUGGUCUGUUAUGAGGAUGUUGUAAAGGUCUGAUUUUUAUUAUCUAUGUAGUAUUAAAUUGCAUUGAAGUCCGUGAAUAUGUUUCCAAAGCAGUCAACUAAUAUUGAAGACCUCUUUGUCUUUGUCUAUUAUUCUUAGCAAGUUUUGCUAUGUGCUGAGACGUUUGAAUUUUAUAGCAUUUUUGCCCCAUAAUGUUUAACUCUCACAUUAUCCACCUUAAAUGAAAUUAUAUACUUUACUAUAUAUGUAGUACUUUUGAAAGAGGCCAAACUCUUUAAGCUUUGUGGGAAAGAAAAAGAAAAAAUGUAUGCAUUUACAUGCUUCUCAUGGCAAUACACCUACUGUAUAAUUUUUAAUUGUAAUGACUUGUUAAAUCACACUGUUUGUAAUGAACCUAAUGAAUAGCAUGUACAAUGGCUCAUGGGCUGAUAAUAUUUUCAAAUAUCUGCUUGUUUGUGGUUAGGUUUUGAUUUGUUCAGUCAUCAUUUAGCACAUUCAAUCAUACUUGUUCUAAAUUAAUUAUGAUUUCUUUUAUUUAUUACAACUGAAUUUCAUUAAGUCCAUAAUGAACCAACUUUCCUAGGAUUUCCUAAUCAACUGUAGCAAUGAUGUGAUUUAAUCCAAUAGCUACCUUGUAGGAAUUUCAAUGUGAAUUUUUUUUUUAUUAUUUUGAACUGGAAUUUAAAAGGUCCAUUAACCAAACUGUAUUAUUUUGCCCCUCCCAAUUUUCUUUGAAAGAUAAGAUUUCCUCAUGACAGAAAAGAUAAUUUAAACACUAAGAAAAGUGUAGUUAUGGAAUGAAUUGGAUAAAAAAUAUUAAUGACCGUA